CGUGUUGAGUGGUGUGUGCGGUACGGUCGGCGUCACCUGUACACUCCUGUGCCGGAAAUGAUGUGAAGCUGGUGCUGAGAGUUGCACAAGUUGCAGGUGCUUCCUGUCCUGGCCGGCCGCAACACUCUCACUGGAGACGCCGUGCCCAGCCAACCGCAGCGCCAGAGAAAACGGCGCGCGUUGCUCCAGCACCGCCAGUCUGGCUGUCGCCGCCAACCGCGCAGGUAGUGGCUGCUCCGCUCAGCUCGCCCGCUGCCCAGGUGACUCGCCGCCCUCAUUUGCCGCCCCUACCCAGGGUGACUUUCUCGGCUCACACGCCACGAGUCCGCCCUACCGCACCCUGAGUACGUCAGCCGCCCAGGCAGGCGUCGCUCCAGCAUCCCCGCCACCAUGCAGAACCUGGACGCUACAGGCACCACGAUAGUGAUCACCAUCCUUCUGGAGGGCACCUAACACGCCCUUCCGCCCUUCUUUCAUCCACCCACAUCACUCAUCACCGACAUCAUCAUCUCAUCCCCUGGACGCUCGCCGGCACCCGCCACACAGCGGCCGCCGGGUUCACGGUACAAGUUUGCCAAAACAACCUGUUAUAACGAGCCAUUGAAGGUACUGACCCCAGUGGACUCCCCGCCUCCCUUAUACAGCAAGUAAACGUCACUUCAACUCCCGCCCGGCUGAAGUGAGAGGGAGUCAGGUCCGGUUCAUCCCGUGCAGCGCCACUUGGUUGCUGUUGGCAAUACCAGCAGAGCCAGGCAGCGGCAGCAGCCAGGAGAUCACUCGGGCGUGGGACCUUGAGUUGCCCUUCAAGAUGUUCGGCGAAGUAGACGCUUGGAGGAUCAAGACAGUGCUGGUUGGUCUUCUCGCCCUCGCAGCCUCGGCAGCCGGAUGGAAAGAGGACCUCACCAACCACGUCAGGAUCGGGGUGCGUGACUCCGGCUACUCCAAGGUCGUGCUGGACUGCGAGGACGACAAUAUGGCCUUCGUGAUCCGCCUGGAGGAGGACUUUGAAGGCGUCGUGUACACGAGGGGAAGCUUCCACUCUCGCCAGGGACCCUGCUUCUUGGACGCGGAGGGCGGCACAGAGUUUGCCCUCAAGUUUUCCUACAAGGAUUGCGCCACUAAAUAUGAUGAUAAGCUGGGCGCGUACGUCAACACGGUGGUGGUGCAGCACGACGAUGACCUCAUCUUCCCCGGCGACCUGGCCUUUGACCUGCGCUGCCACGACCAGGUCACCGUCAACGCCUCUCUCGGAGUCAAGUCAAAGAUAUCCCUUGUGGAUCCUGAUCCGGCCUCCAAGCAGCCCUCCAAGGAUGAAGAGAUAUCGGCCACCUCCUCCUCCAGCGUGGUCACCCUCAUGCCUGGUCGCCUCACGCCGCCAAAGGAGGAGCUUUAGUCGGCGAGCGGAGGCCACGGAGGGCAGGUGGGAGGCUGCUGAGGCCGCCGCGUGUAGAGUCACCGCCACCUGCAGCACGUGAGCCCGACACCGCGGGGUCCGAACCAUGCUGCGUGUCCAGGGUUUGCUUUCCCACCCACACGACGCGAGGGCAAAAUCACUUUAGGCCACAUUGGUCACCUUAAAGGUCGUACUGUUUUAGGCCACAUUGGUCGUAUUUUUUGUAAUGAGAGGACGAUAAUGUACAGGAAGCCACGGUGCUCAGGGUGUUGGAGGCGUCCCGUCCUGCACAGACUUGGUUUUCAUAAUCAGACGGCCUCCUCCUCACUUCUGACACUCGCCUCCUCCCUCCGGCGCUGCUCAACGGGAGGAAUCCAGUCUACGUCUUCUUCAAGAGUCUGCCUGAAGCUUGAGAGUCUUCAAGUCCACAAAAGCCAAGCGUCGCCUUACUCUUGGUCGCUCAUCACUGCCGCCGCCGCCACCUCCUCCCACUGCUGUAGUCGCUGCCUCCGCCCCGCGCACGCAUAGCCGGCCACGAUGAUCUCACUGUAGGUAGAGCUAGGGAGCCCCGGGCCGGUCCCACUCCCGACAAAGGCCGGCCGGAGAAGCCUGACCGUCCCAUCUCAUCCCAUCUGACCGACCACCCCGCCUGGUUGGACUGAUCUGCCAAACACGAGUUUUCAGGAGAGAUUCCCUUCCUCCUCUAGCAGGCGUUGAUGACCCUGCCGAGCCUUCCGUCUUGUCUUGCUAUGCUAACUUUUUCCUGAGUCAUUGCCCUUCACUCUCAUCCCGUCCCGCUACCGAGGCGAAUACUUGUGAUUCAGCAACAUUCCCAACUAUCUUUUUUUCCUCUCACCUCACCUCCCUGUUCCUGCUUCUCUCUCCUGUCCUAGAGCUGUUCCUCCCCCAUCCCUCCCUCGCUAGGACUCGACCGUGUCCAUAUCCACACGUAUUUUGGCAUUUUCCUCUAACUUAUUCCCUAAGCCACACUCCAUUUUUUUUUAUGUCGGUUUAUACAUACAUUCCCAAAAUAAACUUUGUUACAGUCCGUCCUAAAAUAUUAAAGUGAUAUACUGUA